UGUGCUAAAGGAGAGCUGAAGAUAAGAUAAGAUAAGGAACCAAAAGUCUGCGGCCCGAGUUCCCCGUCGGCUGUAUUUUGCAGUGACGCACUUCCAAAAUGGCUGCCAAAAAGGAGCCGGUGUACCAGAUCUUCUCCUUUCAGGACUGUAGAACCUCCCCCGACCCGACGUGUGAGGUCCCCGCCCGGUCGGGGCCCCCGCCGGCCCCUCUGGUGAUCGAUAACGGGUCCUUCCAGACCCGGGCCGGCUGGGCGGCCCCGGGUCCGGGUCCGGGUCCGGGUCCGGGUCUGGACGCUCCCCGGCUGCUCUUCAGGUCUCUGGCGGCCCGCAGCAGAGGCGCGGCCCGCAGCGACACGCAGAUCGGGAACGACAUCCCGAACCUGGAGCCGCUGCGGUGGCUCCUCAAGAGCCAGUUCGACCGGAACGUGGUGGUCAACUUCGAGAUCCAGGAGCUGAUGCUGGACCACGUGUUCACUCACCUGGGCAUCGGCUCAGAGGGCGGUGUGGAACAUCCCAUUGUGCUGACAGAGGCGCCCUGCAACCCGCUGCACUGUCGGCAGAUGAUGUCAGAGUUGCUGUUUGAGUGCUACCGCGUUCCGCACGUCUCCUACGGCGUUGACAGUCUGUACAGUUUCUACCACAAUAACACUCAAAGGAACCUCCAGCCACCACACACCGGCCUCGUUCUGUCCUCAGGAUACCACUGCUCUCACAUCCUGCCAGUCAUCAACGGCAGGUUCGAUGCGGUGAACUGUAAGCGUGUGAACGUGGCUGGGAGUCAGGCAGCAUCCUACCUGCAGCGCCUCCUCCAGCUGAAAUACCCAGGUCACCUCGCCGCCGUCACACUGAGCCGCGUGGAGGAACUGCUGCAUGAACACAGUUACACUGCUGUGGAUUACCAUGAAGAGCUUGAAAAGUGGCGCAGCCCAGAGUUUUAUGAGCGGGAGGUUCACCGUAUGCAGCUUCCCUUCUCGUGUAAGGUGCCGGGCGGCUCUGUGAGUGUGGAGGAGAGGCAGGAGAGACGAGCUCAGCAGCUUCGACGGCUUCAGGAGAUCAACGCCCGUCGCCGGGAGGAGAAGCUGCUGCAGGACCAAGAGAGGCUGGACAGACUUCUGGCAGUACAGGAACUGCUGGAGGACGGCCUGUUGGAUCAGUUCCAUAAGAGCCUGGUGGAGCUAAACAUGGACUCGGCCGAGGAGCUGCAGUCGUACAUCAACAAGCUGCAUCUGGCUGUGGAGCAGGGCAGACAGAAACUGUUGCAUAGCGACGGAGCGGAGGGAAAGACUGAGGUGUCUGAGCUGGAGCAGCCGAUGGACGAGGGAGAUGGAGCGGUGCUGAUGGAUCCUGACUUCCCUGAGGACACGCUGCCAGAAAAACCUGCUAAUGUGGUUCAGCCCGUGUUCAACAUGGCGGAGUACCACCAGUUGUUUGUAGGGACGGAGCGUCUGCGGUGUCCAGAGAUCCUGUUCCAGCCCUCGCCAACCGGAGAGGACCAGAUGGGGCUGAUGGAGACGUUACAGUAUGUCCUUGCCAGGUACACACCAGAGCAGCAGGAGGCGCUGGUGAGCAAUGUGUUUCUGACAGGAGGGAACAUGCAGUACCCCGGUAUGAAGGAGAGAGUGGAGCGAGAGCUGCUGGCUAUGAGGCCCUUCCAGUCACACUUCAAGGUGACAAUGGCGUCGCAGCCGGCCCUGGACGCCUGGUACGGGGCGAGAGCCUGGGCCUUGCAGCAUCCACCUGGUGGAGAGGGAGGAGCAGCAGAGGGAUGGAUCAGCAGACAGGAGUACGAGGAGAAAGGCGGCGAGUACCUGAGCGAGCACUGUUCUUCUAACAUCUUUGUUCCCAUGAAAAUCACAAAAUCAGUUCCUGCUCGCCCCUCCGAGCCCUCUGUUACCACACUGACAUCUAACGGAGCUUCUGCUGCUGUCACCACGGUUACGCCUGCCCUGACUCCUUCCUGUUCUACUGUUGCUGCUGAUGUUUCUUUGGUUACUUCCUAAAUUGGGAUCACUGUUAUCGUGUUUCUCUGAUGUUUAAUGUGUUCCGGAAAUUCUUUUUGAAUGAAUGUGUUUUUACUUUUUUGGUGCACACACUUUCAUUCAGUUUGACUUGUCUUCUACAUUUCUUUGUGACUUGUAAUGUUUUACCUUUUAACAAACCCCAAAGAGCAGGUGUGAAAAGGUAAAGAAGACUUUGCUCUUUGAUUAUUGUUGUGGAUUCAGAUCGGUGGUCCUGCCCAAACAUGAUUGGAACUGCAAUUAAUGAGUUGUGUCUGCUAUCAGGAUUUUCUCUGUGGUAAUUUAAAGAAACACCACAAAACCAAAACAUCAGCUUAGAAAUAUAAGUUGCAUUAGCUGUAGCUUUUUUUUUUUUUUUUUUUUUUUUUUAACAAUAUUAAGACACAAUCUUUUUCUUUUUGUACCAACAAAGUCACCAUUCGGUAAUGGGAAUAGGCUUCCUGUCUGUUCUCAAUCUUCAUUUAUUUGUUUUUGGUCUCCUGUGACUUUUGUAACUUCUGACUGGAACUGUUUUGGAAAUACAGCUUUGUUUUAUUUCCAUGAUGCUUGAGAAACCAUAAGUGACCAUUCAUAUUGAAUGGUCAUCAAAUGAAUGAUCUUAAAAGGUCCAGGGGGAAUAUUUCCUAUACUAUGUAAACAGAAUUGGUUGUUUUUAAGAAAAUAUAUUUUCAUGUCAUGAAAAGUCUUAUAUUUUUCAGUCUCCCUUCUUCAGUCUUGUUGUUGUUUGUUGCAACUCACUUUAAAGCCAAUAAAAGGAUGAGUUUACUGAAAUC